AUGACCGCCGCUCCCGCGAGCGCGCGCGACCCCGCGCUCGCGACCGGGUCCGGGUCGCUGUACAACCAUCUCAUGAUGUUCGCGUGGCUCGGCGUCGUCCACGCCGUCGUCGCGCUCGUCGCGGUCGCGUGUUACUUCCUCCCGCAUCCGGUGGCGACGUGCGCGAUCGCGCUCGUCGCGCUCGCAGCGCUGACGCCGGUGACCACGCCGCACCCGGCGUGGGGGCUCGCGAUCGCGCGCGCGAUCACGAAGGCUGCGGUGAGGUACUUCCCCCUCACGAUGGAGUGGGAGGACGAGCGCGCGUACUUGGACGCCGCGGCGAAGGGCGUCCCCGCGGUGAUCGGCCUGGAACCGCACAGCGUCCUGCCGCUGUCCAUCGUCGCGUUCGGGAACUACUUCUUCUUCACCGAGAGCACGCCCGAGUGCGUGCGGAACUCGAGGGCGCUCGCGACCGGGACGAUCUUCGUGAUUCCCGUCCUGAAGCACCUGUGGUCGUGGCUCGGCAUGGACGCGAUAUCGCGGCGAGCGAUGAAAACGCUGCUCGACGAUGGACGCUCGGUGCUCAUCAUCCCCGGCGGCGUCGCGGAGUGCCUCCAGAUGCGCCCCGGGGUGGAGACGAUCUACUUGAAGAAGCGCUUCGGAUUCGUCAAGCUCGCGAUCCAAACCGGCGCGUCGCUCGUGCCCGCGUUCACGUUCGGGCAGACGCGGUCAUACUCGUACUGGCGCCUGGGGCCGCCGCUCGUGCCGCACGUCGUCGCGGAGGUCUUCGCGCGCGCGUGCAGGGUGGCGCCGAUGGUGUUCUGGGGGAAGUGGGGGUCGCCGAUACCGAACAUGGUACCGAUGCACACCGUGGUCGGGAAGCCGAUACCGGUGAAGAAACAAUCCGAGCCGUCGAACGAGUACGUCCAGGAGAAGCUGAACGAGUUCGUCGCGGCGAUGGAAUCUUUGUACGCGCGGCAUAAGGGGAAGCACGGGUACGCGGAAUCCACGCUCGUCGUCCUGUGA